AUGAUAAAAAAUUUAACAAUAGAGUUACAAGAAUUAAAAACUGAUAUAAAAGAAGUAAAAACGGAACAAAAACAAUACAGAGAAGAAAUGAGGGAACUUAAAACUGAAGAAGCAGAACUAAAACAAGAGAAUAGUGAAAUAUGGAAAGAAAAUGAACAAAUCAAAAAGGAUCUGAUUGAUACAAAAGGUCGCCUUGAAAGGCUGGAUAAAAUAAGAAAAGAAAAUAAUGUAAUAAUACAGGGAAUGACAAUAGAAAUUAAGAAGAUAGAAAAACACUUACAGAAUAAUAGGAAAUUUUAUGACAAAAGAGCUAAUUAUUACCGUAAAUAUAGAAGAAGCAGUGAAACUAAGAGAUAA